CUGGCCACUGCUCCUACUCUCUACUACCAAUGGAGGCUUGAGGGUUUGGUCGUUGGGGACUGAGAGAGAGGGAGAGCUGAUCGGUGAGUCCUCGGUCCUUCCUCCGGUGCGUCGACGCCUGCUCAGGUCGAGCCUCUUCGCUCGCUCGCUCGCCAUUUCCGUGCGGCAUUCAUUCAGCUAGCGGUGUUUCUGAGGGCCCGAAUUGCACGUUGUUGAGUUGUUUCGACAGCUAUGGGGAAGUCUCCAGCGAAGUGGAUCAAGUCUGUGCUCCUCGGGAAGAAAUCGAGCAAGUCUAACUCUACCAAGGCCAAGGAUUUGGCUAAGGAUGCAAACAACAAGCCUGCACUUUCUGAGAAUCCUACUGUGAUUUCUGAGCCGGUUGUGGUUAAUUCCCACAACGAUGAAACUGCAUCAACGAUCGGAAAUGCUGAAAAUUGCAAGUUACCAAAAGGAGGAGCAGUUGAGGCCAUGGGUCAAGACGUGGAGAACCAAAACAUUGUUCGAUCCAAGACACCAAGUAGGCCAGAGAAACUGAGUGAAGAGUUAGCUGCAGUGAAGGCACAAGCGGCCUUCCGAGGUUAUCUGGCACGAAGAGCUUUCCGUGCAUUAAAAGGUAUCAUAAGACUCCAGGCACUGAUCCGAGGACAUCUUGUAAGGAGACAGGCUGCUUCAACCCUUCGUGUGACAUGGUUGAUUGUGAAGCUUCAAGCUUUAGUUCGUGGAAGAAACGUUAGGCUCUCUAGUCCUUCCAUGCAAAUUGUCGUGAAGUCUGGCCAACAUAAGUUCCUGAGUGAUAAGCCAUCGGAUGCUUGGAAAGAGAGGGUAUCUUCAAACGCAUAUGUUCAAAAGCUCCUUUCUUCAUCAAUUGUGCUAGGAGCUCUUCACUUGCACUAUGACGAGAGGGACCCCAAUUCAUUGUACAACUGGUUGGAGAGAUGGACUAUAAGCCGGAUUUGGAAAUCUGCUUCCCAACCAAAAAAAGUUGCUGAUGGCAAAUCACAAGUAAGGAAGGCCAGUUAUGCAAUGGAAACUGAGUCAGCCAAGUUAAAGCGCAAUGUUCGGAAGAGUUCUGCUGUCACUGUUGAUAGUUUCCAAACUAACAUGACAGUUGAACCUGAAAAACUUAAACGAAAUUCAAGGAAAUUUUCUAGCUCCACUUCUGAUUCAGUACCAGACAGUCAGUUAUCUGAACUUGAGAAGGUUAAGAGGAACCUUCGGAAGGUAACUAAUUCCAUGGCUGAAGCAUCAAAGAUAUCUAGCUCCAGGGGUGAUGCCUCAAAGCUAUCUAGCUCCAUGGCUGAUGCAUCAAAGGUAUCUAUCUCCAUGGCUGAUGCCUCAAAGGUAUCUAACUCCAUGGCUGAUGCCUCGAAGGUAUCAAACUCCAUAGCUCAAAUCCCACCUAAUCUCAUGAAUGGGAUCUCUGACCAUCAAGACAACCAAUGUGACGAAGCACAACAGUUUGCAUGUGCGGUUCCUCCUGACACUCAGGAGUUGCAAAGUGGCAAUAUGUUGGAGGACAAUUCACACAUGAAUUUGUUGGAACCUGAUUUAAUAUCUAAUCCAGAAACUCCUUUCGCUUCAAUUUUAACCUGGGAAAAAUUUAAUGAUACCACUGCUGAUGCGCAAGAAGUCGAAGUUCUGCCACUGCAGAACAUUGAUAAUGAAGAUAAUUUCUUAGGGAAGAAAGAGCAGUCAAGGUCCAAGGAAGAACAUCUGCCUAAUGGAAGCCUUAAAACUAGCAAGAGAAGGUCUUCAUUCUCCACCAAAUCAGAUUAUCCAGAAAAUGGAGUCCAGAAUACUCCAGUUCCACGAAGGAAGCCAAGCUAUAUGGCUGCAACAGAAUCUGCAAAGGCAAAACUUCGAGGACAGAAUUCACCAGGACUGGAUUCUGAUUCACUGGCAGACAUGAUUGGCUUCACACGCCGCCAGUCGCUCCCUUCUGCUACGAACAAUAGAGCAAUCAAAGCUGAAUGGAGACGGUGAGGAGCACAACCAACUUCCAUUUGAACGGUGCAACGUUGUGGUGGAUGAAGUGCGCUGCUGUCCGUGAGAUUGUUCCCAUUGUUUUGUCCAAGAUGUAAAGAUAUGUUACCCCCUGUGUUGAUCUAUCUGUUGCUUAUUUAAGUUAUUAUUCUUAGUUUCUUGUGCAAUGACUUGUUCAUAGCUACAUCUACUAGUUCCCGGCAUGCUUUCAUUUCCCUCCCAAGGCACUUUGCCUGAUACUGGCAAAAUGUAAAGGCAUGCCUUCGUUUAAAUUGAACGGCUCCAUCCGACUUUGCAUUA